CAUUGUCAAAUUUAACCUAUUUUCUACGUAGUAUAGUAAAUGUCUAUAAGAAAUUUAUAAAAAAAGAAAUUUCUUAAAAAGAAUACUUAUCCCAACCCGUAAACAAGUGUAUUAGCACAUGAUUGAUACUUUAAUAUCAAAGUGCUUAUCUGCACGGACAGUCAUGAUUUCUCAGUAGUUUUUUUUUUAUCAUAGAUAAGAUUAUCGUGCUAAUUUUCCUUAAUAUACCUACUUGAAUGUACUUGAACAGAGGAGCAGGCAUGGCGUUGAAAUUCGCUAGUAAUCUGUCUUUUAUGUUUACGGAGGUACCUAGUAUUAUUGACAGAUAUCAAUUGGCAAGACAAGCUGGGUUUAAAGCAGUUGAGAGUGGAUUUCCUUUUGGCUUUUCCAUUGAACAGGUUGUUACAGCCAAAAAAAGGGCAGGCGUUUGUCAAGUUCUUCUGAAUGUAUUCACAGGUGAUGUGACAAAGGGAGAACUAGGUUAUGCUGCAAUCCCAGGUAAAGAAGAUGAUUUUAAAGAAAGUAUUUCUAAAACAAUCCAAUAUGCUAAAGCUUUGGAUUGUAAGAUGAUUCAUGUAAUGUCAGGAACAGUAGUAUCACCCACCAUAGAUAACGAUGCAAUUUAUGAAAAAAAUUUGUUGCAUGCUAUCGAAAAGUGUCAACAAGAAGACAUUGUUGUCGUGAUUGAACCGAUUAAUAAUUACAGUGUACCAAAUUACUAUAUGAAUAAUUUUAGAAAAGGUUUAGAUCUAGUAGAAAAGAUAAAUAAUACACACUUCAAGCUACAAUUGGAUAUCUUUCACUUGCAACAUUGUUGUGGCAAUAUUACAAGAAACAUUCAAGAAUUUUUACCUUAUGUGGGUCACAUUCAGAUAGCUCAAGUACCUGAUAGGCAUGAACCACAUACAUCAGGAGAAAUAGAUUACAAAUAUGUUCUCUCACUAUUAGAAACAGUGGGCUACAGUGGAUACAUUGGUUUAGAAUAUCGGCCAAAAUCAUCAACAGUAGAAGGAUUAAAAUGGAUUACAAAUUAUGGUUACACACUGUAAUAUAUAGUAUAUCUUCAGGAUAUUUGAACAGGUUUCAAAUUAAUAACAAUUAAGAAUUUUUGAUGAAACUCUUGUUUUGUAAACGUACAUUAAAAGAAAUAUAUAUGUAAUAAUACAGAAUAAACAUGCCGGAAUAAACAUUAUUACAUAAAUUGUAAGUUUAAAUAAACGUUUAUAUUAUUUUACCUGGCUUUUAGUAUAGUUACAUAUGUGUGAAAUUAGCAAUAAAUAUAUAUUUACUAUUAUUAUACAUUACUCAUAAAUAUAAAUAUAAGUAAUUUCUUAAGAAACUUGUACAAGCAAAUAUGGCAGUCCAAUAUGAAACAUAUGUACAAUCUUUUGUGCCCAAAAAUUCAUAGCAUGUAACAAAUUUUGCAUAAAACAUUAAUAGGAUAAUUUAUUUUCUGUAAUUAGAUAUUUAUAGAGAUAACAUUGUCUCUCCAAUUUGACAUAUAAGCCGCAAAAAAACAAAAUUAUUUAUGCAUAUAAGUACAAACUCUUGUUUUCUUAAUUCUGUUAUGUAAUAUAUUAUUAAUAGUUAAUAUUACACAGUUAUCUCAUUUAAUGUAAAGAAAAAGACAACAGAUAUUCCUGAUAAUAUAUAUAUAUGUAUGUGUGUGUUUAUGUGUGUGCGAUAAAGCAACAUUGCAUCAAAAUUGAAAUUAUUAAAAAGUUAUAAAAUCAAUGGCACUCAAUCAAAGAUUUUGUAUCAUAUAGAAUAAAAUUAUGAUCUAUAUUAAGUAUCUAUUUUUUAAAAAUUAAUAGGAUGAUUCUCUCCAUACGUAUAAGAAGUUAAGUUUGAUACAUUUACAGAGAGAGACAGAGCAAGAGAGAAAAAAUAUACUUUAGCAUUUUUCACGCAUAUUUUAUAAACACUCUUGAAAUAAUAUAAUACGUUUCCAAUAAAUGUAUUUUACUAAAUUUAUAUUACUACUAAAUUUAUCACGCAACUUAAAAAUGAUUAAUACUUUCUAUAAAAUUAACAUCAGUAAAAUCGUUAAUUUAUAUAUAUUAUACCAAUCCCAUUCAAAAUUACUAUUUAGAAUCAUCCUAUAUAAUUUCUUUCUCACAGUAAAGUUUGUGUGGACGAAUUUUCAUAUUUGUAAUUCUUCUCUUGUUCAGCACACACGUGUACGUAUCUAUAUCUUAAUAAGGAUGUUCAUUGCAAAUGCAGUAUUUUCCGGAUUUAAAUCGCAAUGUGACGCUUCUCACUGUUCAAUGGUACAAGUCGUAAUCUACAUUCAAGCAAUUUGUAAAUUUAUAAUGACAUCGAUAUAUUAUGUAUCGUAUUUAUAAGGAGAUGAUUCACUUAUAAUGUGAAAUAUACUAUGAUUAAAAUUAUGAGUAACCAUAACAAUAAUUUUAACAACGAUCCGUGUAUAUAUUACAAUAUAUGUAUAUAAUACAGUCAAUAUUAAAAGUAUCUUGGCGCGGGGCAAUAUCUAACGUUAAAAAUAUUUGCACUUACUGCAAUAACCAUUUGAUGAAUUUCCUUCGCAAGAGGAGCAUCACGUAAUCCCGACGCAUCAUACCGAUAAAUUAAUUCCACUUUAGAGUAUA